AUGGCUACGAUGGGCGCUCUACAUCCCUACGGGCAAAUGAUACGGUCAGCCCGGACCGGCAUCACCUACAUCCCUCGCCGCACCCUCACAUGCACACCAAUCCGUCGAGCCGAAGAGAACAACGACGCCCCCAAUAACAAGCCAGAGACAAAUUCUAAGCCCUCUGCUCUCUCCUCGAUCAAGAACUUCAUUUUUGGUGGAAAGUCCGACGCCGCGAAGCCUACCGUCCGCAGACAGGCUGCCCCCCUCAAGCGAGAAGGUAGCCUGAGCGCCGAUUCGAUUUUCGCCGAGGAUGAAGCUGCUCCCAAGCUGAUGGCCUCUGGCCGAACGCCAGCUGGGCGCAAGCAGGAAGGCCCAGCUGCGGAGCCAGGCGAGACCGAGCCGCAGACAUCGGUAGAGGCAAGGAACAGAGCGAACAUGCAGGCAGUGCUGGAUCCGCGCCCGAAGGCGCGUAUUCGGUGGGAGCGUAAGAUGGUUGUCCGCGAGCUACGUGGCCGCGGCCGUCUAUCGAAGGCAGAGCAGAUCAUGCGUACGGAGCGUGAGUCGCUGUCCAAGUCACAUUGGUUCAAGACCUCGAUCAAGAAAUUGGGCCCUCUGGCUCGCCAGAUUGCUGGGAAGAAUAUCGACGAGGCCAUUGUCCAAAUGCAGUUCAGCAAGAAGAAGGCCGCAAAGGAUGUCCUGGAGCACCUUAAGCAUGCGAAGAACGUUGCCGUUGUCCGCUCGGGUAUGGGGCUAGGUGCUGUUCAAGCUGGCGAGGAAGCACAGCCAUCGAAGCCUAUUAAGAUCACCCUCAAAGACGGCGAGCGCAAGGUAAUCACCGACCCUACAUCCAUCUACAUCUCCCAGGCGUGGGUGAAUCGCGGGCCAUACGGCAUCGACUACGACCACCGGGCAAGGGGACAGAUCAACAUGCUCCGCCCACCAUACACGUCUCUAUCGGUUGUGUUGAAGGAGGAAAAGACACGAAUCCGUGAAUGGGAGGACCGCGAGGCCAGGGAACUGCGCAAGCGCAAGGCUAGGCUCUGGACACAGCUGCCUGACCGUCCGAUCACGCAGCAGAACCAGUACUACAGCUGGUGA